ACGUGAGUUGGAUCAUCGAGCACCAAAAAAAUCCAAGAUGGAGUUCUUGUCGAAGAUUGUCCGUGUGCAUGUUCCAAAUUACCUAAACUCUGUUCCUGUCCCGGACAGCUUCGGCGGCUUCUUGGACCUAACAGCUGGACAAUGGCUGCACCUGUUUGCGUUCAGUGGUACUGUGGCAGCGGCAGUGUACAUGUCCCUGAAGCCAUACAUGGACAAAAAGGAUCAGAAGGACCAGCUGGUUAAUCUUCGUAUCCAGAAGGAAAGCAGUAAGGUUGUGAACAUGGCAGAUAUUGAGGACCUGGGAAACAAAGUCUGCUACUGUCGCUGCUGGAGGUCCAAGAAGUUCCCCCUGUGUGACGGUUCCCAUGCCAAGCACAACGAGGACACGGGAGACAACGUGGGACCUCUGGUGCUGAAGAGGAAGGAUGUAUAGUCCUGCUGUGGCCACGCCCUGCUGCCACACCCCAUGACCUGAUGCCACGCCCUCAGGACCUGCUGCCACGCCCUCCUGCCACGCCCUCCUGUGGCCAUGCCUGUAGAUUUCAUAGCAAUAACUACAUUGGGAUCAUUGGACAGAAUUUCACUAACAAUCUCAAUCAGUUUCACUGUAAACAUACCCUUGUCUCAGUUUUGUGCUGGUAACCAUGACCUACAUUUUGGUGUCAUUGGACGUAGAAUGGCACCAUUCAUAUUCAGUCAAGAUAGAAAUAAAUUUGAAAAAAAUUGAACAGUUUGGUUUGAGCUGCUAUUGCUUGGCUACCCUUGUCUUCCCUACUAGUAUUUCUUCACAAUCAUUUUUAUUAUACAGUAUUAAUCUUAACAUAUAAUAACUGUGAGUAUGAUGGUGCAUAUCUGUACCACAACUCUUCAUGUUGAAAACCUGAAAGAUUUAUCUAAUGGUGAACAUAAGGUUAUAAUGCAUGAAACGCUUAAUGUACUAACGAAGGUCUAGAUAUCAAUUAUUAAGGAAGAUUUUGAUUUUAUGUUUGAUAUUCAUGAAGACGUUUUUCUUGUGAAAAUAAUUUCAGAAGAACUAGUUUUAGAUAUUAUGUACAAGAAUGUACACCACUCUCUGGCCAAUUCUUUUUGAAAACAUUCUCAGGUGCUUUAUGAAUCACAAAAUAGGAAAGGAAAAUUAUUUAGCAUCAUACUUUCUGUAUCUUGAAAAAUAGAGGAAUAAUGAAUAGGUGUGUGUGUUGUUGGUGUCUUUGUCUUAUAUCACAAGCAAAGAGCUUUUCAUACUUUUUGUGGCAAUCCCUUACUUGAGUAUUACUAGUAUAUUUGCAUGUAUUAUAAUUCAGUUUGCAGGUUUACAAAAUAAUCUGUUGCAGAAGGAAUACAUUUGUACUAUUUCUAUGAACAUUGCCUGCUACUGCUAUGUGUAGUUGAACUUAAUAGCAAAAGUAUAUAUUUCACAAACUGUCCUGUUCUUUGUAAGGAUUGUUCGAGCAAAUUUUUGUUUCAGCUAUUCAGCCAUUCUAUUUGUUUGUGUUUGGGAAGAAACUGUCAAUGGUGUGCUGGUGAUGUACAGAUGAGCAUGUACCAGAAUAACAUUGUGGGAUUAAAAUGGAGAGAAUGGUUCUGA